AUGGCGCUGUGGACACAGGGUUGUGGGACAAUGAGGGUGGGGCAUGAUAGGAUCAGGCAGAUGGACUCGGGUUUCCAGGUUGAUUUUUANGGGGUGGGCCAGACCUGCACCCCACAUUGCAAGCAGUCUCUCAUAUCUCUACUCUCGACGGACGAUGAAGUGGGCUCCAAGUUUCUUCACUGUGAUUGCAAUGGCAGCCAGUUGUGCCUAGACACUCAAGAGCGUCUGAAGGUGUGUUCCAAGGAUGUGUUGUCUGCGAUGGUGAGCAUAAACGAUGAUCACACCAUCCUCAAUUGUUCUCUAGCUAUGUGGAUAUGCGAAGCGGACACGGCGUGUCUCACAGCUCUAAAACAUUACGGGUACCAGUGUCCUUCGCAGUGGCAAAAGAAGCAGUGCUCUUUCACCUGCAACAAUACACUGGAUAUACUCUAUCGCCAGCAAAAAGCGAAAAAGCUUCGGAAUUGUCACUGUGACAGUAAUGAGCCGUACCCUGAUGGGUACACUUGCCAGGAGACCAAGUAUUACAUUGAUAAACUGUGUUUUCAUCGCGAAACAGUCACUUUAGAUUCCAUGUACUCCAUCAUAGCAGAAACAACUACACCUCAUACCAGUGCAGGGUGGACUUUAAAAUGCCAUUUUAGUGUGUUACUAGUUACUUUUUUAAUACAUCUUAAAUGGGGGAGUAGUGUAACGUAAACCACUUCAGCAUUGUCUUAAGUGUGAGGGUAUUGUCGUAUCCCAAUGAAAUCAAUGGAAAUAGCACUGAACGGAUAUAUAGGUCAGGUGUUAAGUUUACUGGAGUUGAACUGCAGGAAAUAUAUGAAUGAUUGAAACCUAAAGCUAAAGAAAAGAAAAUAUUUUCUACCGGGUUUGUAAAUAUUUGUUUAAGCCAUAAUGUGCACAUGUCGUGUGCUAAGUUUUAGCCUGAGGACUACAAGCUUGGAUGGAUACAAAACAGUCCUGUGUCUGAAUCCUAGAGAGAAUCAGAACCGAGAGGCACAUGAAAGGAUAUUGUGGUAUUUAUGAGGACAAUUGUAUCCCUUUUUAUCCACUAAGUGGGAAUAAUAAUCAUUUUUCUGAUGGCACUGUCGAAUAAUGGUCCAUCAGCUAUUUUCUUAAUUUAUGAUUAGAGAUUAUAGAUAUAUGUGAGACAUAAAACAUUAGUACUUUUCACUGCGUGGAAAAUAUUCAAACUGUUAUGGAAUUGAUGGUGGGAAGGCUUAAUCAUAUAAUGGAAAGGCAUGAGAUGUAUCUGUCAUUUUUUUCUGUCAUUUUUUUGUUUGUUUGUUUGUUUGUUUGGCAGAAUAGAGUUUGAAAUUUAUUCUGCCUCAGCAACUAAUUCAUGGUUGUUUGAAAGUGUCUUUUUAUCUUUAUUUGUUGUUGACACAUUUUAAAUGUGUAUGUUUAAUAAAUGGAGGAGAUUCUGUUGAA